AUGAUCGUGCUGCGUGCGAAACCUCCUGCUCGAGUAAUCGCCUUGGUUGCCGCGCCGCAGCGACAAUUCCGCACAUGCACCGCCAAGAAGAGCUCCGAAGAUGGACAGUCGUCCCGACGACACGAGCGACAGAGAGAUCCUCAGGUCGGCCUGAGCACGCCGGUGCCUGACGGAUCCGCCGAGAAGAAGAGCCAGAGUCCAUUCUAUUUCGAGACGGGAUAUGCGGGCUGGGCGAAGAGAGGUUCGCGACCCUUUCCGCCGCCCUUCUUCUCCCCGCCGAGCGGCAGCUUCAGUGAUCCCCUGAGUACCACCCACCGCUCCAAGGAUCGGAGACCGCAAGUCGACGGGCAGAUGAUUCGCGGCGUGACGAAUGGUGAUGACGCGAUGCUUGCAAGCGAAUCACUGAUUUGUACGAACGAUGGCGUGGGGCAAUGGGCGCAAAGGGAGCGAGGACAUGCGCCGCUGUGGAGCAGACUGAUAGCGCAUUUCUGGGCGACGGCAGCGGAAAAGGACUUGUAUGGCGGACAGGGAAAUCCAGACCCUGUAAAAUACCUCGAUGAGGCAUAUGCGCACACAAAAGAGGCGCUGAGCGAGCCGAAUGAGUGGCAUGGGACAACGACGGCAAGCUCGGCGCUAUUGCACUACUCAGAGGGCGAGAAUGGGCAGCGUCCGGUCGUGUAUGCGACGCAGCUGGGAGACUGUAAGAUUCUCGUGGUUCGACCGAAGGACUCCAGUGUCCUAUUCGCAACGAAAGAGCAGUGGCAUUAUUUUGAUUGUCCGAGGCAGCUGGGCACAAAUUCGCCGGACACUCCUCAGGAAAACGCGGUCAUGACCAGGAUCGACAUUGAAGAGGACGAUAUUGUCUUCGCUAUGAGCGAUGGAGUCACCGACAAUCUUUGGGAAGAAGAGGUGACGGACUUCGCCGUCUCCGCUCUACAGACGUGGAAAGAACAACAUGCUUCAGAUGGACCGGAGAACCUUGCAGAGGCAAUGAAGUAUGUGGCUCAAGAGAUAGUUCUUUCCGCACGAAAGAUUGCCGAGGAUCCAUUUGCAGCUUCUCCAUUCAUGGAGAAGGCUGUCGAGGAAGGACUAGCCAUCGAAGGCGGCAAGCUUGAUGACAUUUCUGUUAUCGCUGCUAUGUGCCGUAAGCGAGGCUCACCUGGCUGA